CAUAUAUACCAUCACAGCUGACAAUGCAAAGCUCACUCUCGUAAUGUACAUUACAAGCUUCGGAAAUAUUUUCUUAUUUUAUUUGGCAUCUGUGACUAGUGAAGAAAUCGUUUCAUAGCGACUCAUUUAAAAUGGCCUUAUUAACGCUAUACUGGAGUCUGGAUGGCAUCCUCAUCCUUUCGACUCUGAUGGUUGCCGCUUAUCUCUACAUGACUCGUAAAUUCAACUACUGGUCGAAACGAGGAAUCACACAGCUUGCACCUACGCCUUUCGUAGGCAACAUCAUGGACUGCCUUCUGUCAAGAAAAUCAGCCUCGGAAUUUCUCAAGGACGUAUACGAUAACGGCAAAGGCUUGCCUUUGAUGGGAUUCUACGCCUUCGACAACCCUCACUUGUUAAUUCGCGAUCCAGAACUCGCGAAGCACGUGCUAGUGAAAGACUUCGAUUAUUUCCCUGAUAGAUACGCGACUGCAGAUGAGAAAGAUGAUCGUAUUGGAUACGCAAAUAUGAUACUGAUGAGAAAUCCAGGAUGGAAAUCUUUCAGGCCAAAGAUGACGCCGAUUUUUACCCCGGGAAAGCAGAAGAUAAUGUUCGAUUUAAUUUUGGCGGUCGCAGACGAUCUUGGAAUGUAUCUCGAUUCGUUGCAUUUGGAGGGCGAUGGAAAAGUAAUCGAGUUCAAGGAUAUUUGCGGGAAUUUCAUCACCGAUAUGAUCGGUAGCACUGCGUUUGGUUUAAAAGUAGGUGCGAUAAAGAAUCCAAAAACACCGUUCCGUGAAUAUGGCAGGAAGAUCUUCCAUUCUAAUUUCUAUCGUAACAUUGAGUCACAUAUCAUAUCCUUCUCGCCUCAGUUAGUCAAGUGUCUUAAGCCGAAGUUACUUAGCAAAAACGUAACUAACUUCUUCGAAUCUGUUUUCUGGGAUGUGAUUGAACAACGAGUCGAUUCCGGUCAGAAGAAGAAUGACCUCGUCGAUGUGCUAAUCGAGAUCAGGAAAACAUACAAGAACGACGAACAUUUGAAGGAUUACAAAUUCGACGGUGACGAUUUAGUGGCACAAGCGAUCAUGUUUCUUAUUGCUGGUACUGAAACAUCUUCUACAGCCAUUUCUUUCACACUGCACGAACUUGCAAUGAACCCAGAUAUACAGAAGACACUUAGGGCAGAGAUUCGCGAUGCUCUGGCGAAAACUGAUGGCAAAAUCACAUACGAUAUGAUUAUGACGUUACCAUACCUCGAUAUGGUAAUUUCUGAAACUCUUCGUAAAUAUCCAUCUGCAGCACACUUGGAUCGAGUUACCGUUGCCGAUUACAAAGUGCCUAAUUCCGAUCUGGUGAUAGAGAAAGGCACCGGAAUAUUCAUUUCGAUAAUGGGUUUACACUACGAUCCGCGGUACUUCCCGAAUCCGGAAAAAUACGAUCCACUCCGAUUUACCGAGGAAGCCAAAAGUACCAGGCCAAGUUUCGCCUAUUUGCCCUUUGGUGGGGGACCCCGCGGCUGCAUUGGUAUGCGAUUGGGACUCAUGCAAUCCAAACUUGGAAUCGUACAGAUUUUGAAGGACUACGAAGUUUCACCUUGUGAGAAAACCAAAACUUCAGUGGUCCUAGAUCCCAAAGGAGUCAUCACGAAAGCUUUAGGAGGAGUACAUCUCAACAUUCGAAAGAUUACCACUGCUGCUGAUUAGACGAAGCUAAAGUUUUACGAAUCGCGUUAUGCAUACCGAUUUUUUGCUUUGUUUGUGAUAAGUUAGAUGUAUUUUAUUAGCGAAUCGGUGAAGUUCAACAAGUAACAUCUUCAUUUCUUUAGAUAUUAAGUACAUUUUAUAAUCGUAAUCCUAAAUGCCCGAAAAUUGUAAUUUCAAAUAUCUGAAAAUAAUUAGAUUUAUUU